AUGGGCGUGCGCGGACUGAGUCGUUUCUGUCGGCAGAAAGAGGCGCAGACGUCGACCGAGUCGUCGGAUCUGCACGACGUGACACUGGCCGUGGACUUUGUCGGCUUCCUCUACUACCUCUGCGACGAGCUCUUUCGCGAGAGCAAUGCGUCGCCCGCCUGGCUGCUGCUCGGCGGCUGCACGCUCCGCUUGGAGCGCUACGUGGAAACGUGGCUCGCUCGACUAGAGGCGCGUCGUGUGCGUCUCGUGUUUGUGACGGAUCCGCCGCAGUGUUUUGGAGGCGAGAGCCACCGCAAAGGUCUUUGUCUACAGGACCGACGACUGCAGAAGGCCCAGCAGAUUGAGCAGGUGGCCCACAGCCCGGAAUGGAGUCUGCCUCGUUCUAGUGGCAAUAGCGAUAGCUCCAGGAGCUCGACAACUGACGGCCGGAGUUCGCUGCUGGCCAAGACGUUGUUACAGACGAACGGCCGCUUUCCUUUUGCUCGAGAGAAACUCCGUGGGGUGCUCAUGAGCCAUGGGAUUCCGAUCACAACGGCUAGUCGAGAAGCUGAUGAAGAACUGGGUGCGAUGGUCCGGUCAGGAGCAGCGUUUGCCGUUUUGGCAGAAGACUCGGACUUUCUGGUAAUGACUGGCGUUAAGUACAUUCCGUUUGACAAGCUUCAGUUUUACGAGGACGAGCUGUGUCCAGAGCACUCGAAAGUGCGUGCGCGAGUGUUCUCGUCCGACUUGGUGGCACAAACACUUGGACUGCAAGUGGAGCAGCUUGUGGACUUGGCACUGCUGUGUGGGAAUGACUUCACCCCGGUGCUGGACGAGGUCUUUGAUAUGGCGGCAACGCUAGGGUAUCCUGUGCAAAGACUGCAAGCGUCGAGUUCGCUGUACCCUGCAACGGCUGCUAGGUGGGUGGUGGAACACCUGCCGACGUUGGAGAACCCCUUUUUGAUUCAAAUUGAGGCGAAGAAGAAGGGGUUCCUGCAUGCGCUGUUUGAAAUCUACCGAUUUUACGGACACGAAAAGGCGUUUCUGAAGAAAUAUCCGAUGAAAAUUCGAUCAAUUAUACCGAACAAGAAGAUGAAACAAUACAAAAUGUUGAUCGACCGCUUUGAUUACCCCCAGAUGGCAAUCGACAUUCUGGAAACAAAGUCACGUGGAUUGAGUCAGAGGUUCGACCCAUUAGCUUGGAUACCUGGAUUAGAGGGUAAGUCGUUGGAUGAACUGCAAGCGCCGGCACGAUGUCUGGCCUAUGUGGCAUUAGAUACACUGGUAGUGCAAGAAAUGACUUUCGACCACACGGUGGAAGUACGCGUCGAACCCUUGGACAGUCUUCGUCCGUUGCUGUCGAUCCCGCUGCAGCAGCGCUCUGCAAAGAAAGUGGAUUGCAUCCUUCGCUCUUUGGUUUUUAGCAUGGUCUAUGGUGAUCCUACUGGUGGAAGCCCCAAGGCAGCAAACUUAGCUGGCAUGUUGGGAAAGACGGAUAAAAGAGGUCUUGCGGUCAAAAAUAUCGUGUAUAGCCUGCUCGCGUUGUGGAAACGAGAUAGAACGUAUUUGGUCGGUGCAAGCUUGCUUGACGACCGACUCCUUGAGCUGUUGUUGCUGUCAUCGUUGAUUUCGUUGGCGGUAGAUACGUCCAAACUAAAGCCAAACCGGAGUGUCGUCAUGUUCGAUGAGCACCUCUUAAGCAUGGAAGCCUAUGCCGUUGUGGGCGCCUACCUUGAAAUCCUGAAACAGUUUCAUCAGCUGCGGCUUGUGAUAGGAAACAAACUGCCAAAAAAGUUAGGUUGUGCGACGUAUUUUUCGUGCGAAGUGUUCGUGCAAGUUUGCCAACUUAUGCUGCAAGAUAGUGGCACUGCCUCGACGACGUCGAAAUCCCCAAGUGUCGUCCCAGAAUUUGCUCGCCGCGAGAUCGAGCCAUUGAUGAUUAUUUACUCAGAAAUCUCCAGCGACAGUUUUUGGAGGCAUUACAAAGCUAUUCGUACGACAAUGCAACGCAUGAAAGCAUUGAUUGUGCUUCCAGCUGACGCAGUGCAUACCAGCGUGAACGACAAGAGCCUUGCGACCCUUGCAUUGGAAUGUGCCAUGACGAAGCGUGACGCUAUUAACGCCCAUAGCUCUGAAGUGCCACUAGUGGUUGCACCCCCGCUCCUGCCAGCUGACUAUUUCCCACCGUUGCCGCGGGACUUGCCAUCUCAGCUACGUACACCAGCCUUGACGCCGUUUCCGCGUGACUCACCGUCUCAGCUGGAUGUACUAGCCCUGGCGACGCCUGCCCGCCCUUCGGCUAACACCAAACCUGCGAGUCAUUUUACUCCACCUCUGCCACGUACGACUCCUUCGAAUCUCCAGGCCUCAGCGCCUGCUUUUAGCUAUCGAUUAGUAAAGGGGCUGAUGCCAUCAUCUGUGGCAAAAUGCCUUAGCGUGGGUAGUGCCGUUCAUCAAAAUACGGGGUCCGUGCCGGAAGCUGAGCCGAAGGCCAAGAAGCCAGUAAGUUUGAAGGGAUUGAUGAAGACGCUGCCAGUGUAUGGUCAUCGGAAGGAGAUCUUAGACAACGUGGUUGAAAACCAACUGACGAUUAUCCAAGGCGAGACUGGGUGCGGUAAAAGCACGUCGGUUCCUCAAUUUCUGUACGACUCCUGGGCCCGAGAUCGUGCUACCAGCGAACGUCCCGUCAAUAUCUAUGUAACACAACCGCGACGUAUCGCUGCGAUAGAACUAGCCAGCACUGUGGCAAGAAUGCGAGACGGGAAUGAGUUUGGGGAGGAUGGUCAAGUGGGAAAGGUCAUUGGGUACAGAAUUGGGCAAAAACAGGUGACCUCUAGCAAGACCAAGAUCACGUAUGUCACUACUGGGUAUAUGGUGGAGCGGAUUAUCCAUGAACCAGAUGCGCUGAAAAGUAUGACACACCUAGUGCUCGACGAAGUACAUGAGCGCAGUAUGGAUGUUGACUUACUGCUGCUACUCCUCAAACUCCAGCUGAAAGACCAUCCCCAUCUGCGCCUCGUCAUCAUGUCUGCAACCAUGGACGCGCAAGUUUUGAUUAAGUAUCUGGGCGGAUCGCUCUCGACGCGACUGAUCAACCGGAAGCCGCUUUUCGUUGGCUCUAAGUUAUUCCCCGUAAAAAGCGUGUACUUGGACGACUUAUCGGAUUGGUUUCCAAGCCUAUCGCGACGAUGUCAGAAGGAAAUGGCUUUCAUGGAAGGUCAAUUUCGUAUGCUUUCAACAAGUCGUGUGAGCGCAAACAGUGAAGUGGCAAAGAAAGCAAUUUUGCAAAUUCACGAAAAGCAGUUGAUCGUAAUCGAGGUCAUGGUGUGUCUGCUGAUCGAGAGUCAGCGUUCUCAGACUGGAUCACAGUGUUUCCUAAUAUUCUUGCCUGGUGUCGGAAGCAUUGACACGUUGUAUGAAUCGCUGAGCCUUCUUGCCAUGGGCCACCGCAACGUCCAGGUGUUGGUGCUGCAUUCGGGGAUAGAACUGGAGCACCAGCAGGAAGCGUUUAAAUUGCUAGGGGAGAGAUCUACUAAAAUUAUACUGUCCACGAACAUUGCCGAGAGCAGUGUGACCAUCCCGGAUGUUACGCAUGUAAUCAACUGCGCAACCGAGAAGCAGAUUGAGAUGCCAAAUGCAGGUAAAUCGCAUGCGGAGGUUUUGGUACAUACGUGGUGCUCGCGCGCCUCUGCAGUGCAACGUUCGGGGCGUGCUGGUAGAGUCAUGCCUGGCACCUCGUUCCACCUGUUCACGAAGCCGUUCCGUGACCUGUGUAUGGCUGAAUUCAACACCCCAGAAUUAUUGCGUAAGCCGCUCGACCGGACUGUGCUACAAUUGAAGGGACGGCUUCACCAGUUUGGGGUUCCCAGCUUGCUUCUCCAGCAGGCUUUAGAUGCCCCAGACAUUUCUCAUAUUGGCGGAGCUUACAAGUUGCUGUCUUCAUUCGAUGCGAUUGACUCUGAUGAGGAAGAGAAUUCUCGUCUGACGAGAUUCGGUUCAUUUGUCUGCCAGAUGCCUCUCAGUCUUGAGCUGUGCCGACUUCUCAUGACGGGCGCGUACAUGGUUCAUGACACUUCUAGCGGGAAUGAGAAGUGGCCGCUGUUGCUGAAUGUUGUUGUACUAGUUGCAAUUCUUGCCGCACCAGAUCUGUUUGCGAUGCCGUCCUUCUAUCAUGCACAGUCCGCGCAAGCUUAUAUGCAGGAAAUGAAGAAAAAUCUGCAAGCCAAGCUGAAAAUGGAUGAUGGAAUGUGGAGCGAGCCGCUAUCUAUCUGGUUGUUUUACAUGAAUACAAUCAGUGAACAAUCGUCAAACAAGAGGCGUAGCUUGAAUUCCGUUUUCUACAAGAUGUCAAUUUCUGCUCGGCGGUAUCAGACACUAAACUUUCUGAUUUCGGAUCUGUGCGCCCGCCUGAUUGCGCUGUCGAAGAACAAAACCGACGAGUUCAGCCAGCUUCUGGACGCGCAAACGGUCGUGAUGCUGACCAAGUUGGAUGUAUACGCAAAUUCCCAGCGGAUUGACAAGGAGCUUUUAACGUUUGCUCGAGAUGUUGUUGCUUGCAAACGUAAUGAAGUGCGUGUCCUCCGAUUCUUGAUCAUUCAGAAUUUCGGUGAGCAUCUCAUCGGGAGUUCACGAGCGCAGCCAACCGCGUGUGCGAACGAUGUUCUUGACGGUACCGAUCGCGUGGAUUUGAAAGUGGGCAAAGAAGAAGCUGCAAGUUUUCGCUCUCUUUCCGUCGAGAACAAAAGUAGACUCUUUCACCAGCUCGCCAGCAGCGCCACACCGACAGAUGAACUUGCAGCCAUUACCCACGUGGACAACGUUGUGUCGGUCUACUCCUACGCCACGCUAAAAAGUGAUGAGGGAUGUGUACCCGAAGAGAACUGCUUUAGUGAAGUGACUGCAGACACAUUAUCGAGAAUGAGCUUUCCAGUGUCGUUGAUUUACUACAUCCGUGGCGAGGGCUUCCCUGUGACUAUCGGCUUGAGAACGGAAUCCGAGCAAAGUGAGGUUGCAUUUAAGAUGCGCGUAUCGCGAAGUAAUUCGUGCGGGUUGAAAUGGGAGCAGCUUAAAGACAACGUUAAAGCAUCCGUUGGUAACCGCAGCCUGUUCUCAUUGCCUGUCCGCCCACGAUUGGAGGAAACGAGGAAGGGGGAGAAAGAGGCAAAGCUGCUGGCGGUUUAUGCCAACCGACUGUUCACCGGUGACGAGACGAAAAUGCGGUGCGACUAUUGCACGUUGCUCCCACCAAGCAGCGUGUGCUACUACCCGAUUAUGUUGCUGGUCACCGCUCCGCGCCACGCCAAUAUUCAGCUGCAUAUGGAUACUGUAGCAGGAGUGAUCUUGCUGGUAAAGGUGGGGGCUCAAGACGCGACCUUCCCUCGCAAGAUGGCUCUUAAAAUGGAAGUGUUAGCGACUGUCAAUGCGGUGCGCGCCGCGUUGUCAGAUGCGCUUAACGCGACAGUUGGGGCUCGAAGACUGUGUACGUCUGACUUGUUGGCAUUAGCGGACGACUCUGUCUUUUUGACGAAGGAGAGCAAAGUGAAUGUGAAGCAUUGCAAGUGGGAAUGCUUAUCGAUGGAUAUGCCCGAUAAAACAAAGCUGGCUGAAGGGGAGACACCGGCUCGUUUUCCGGCGCUAUAUAUAAGAUAA